AUGUAUAUCCAGAGAGCCAUCCCCCGGUUCGCCCAAUGUGCCAGACAACCACUCUCUAGACGAGGAAUGCAAACGGCAUGCUUCAGUAUCCACGGAAAUGAAGACAGCUGGCAGGGCACACUUGUUAAGAAAGUGACCAGGACAGUCAGGGCCUUUGAGAGUAAAGGCCUCAAGAAAGUCGACGGCACGGUUGUAGUGCUUGCGUCCCGGCAAUAUGCGUCAUGGCUGCUAGAUGACAAGUUCAUGGCCGCAUUGCUGCGACCCUUUGGUGAUUCGAAGUCAGACCUCGAAGUGGGCCGCGAAGUCACCGCUCUCGCCGGUGUAGUCGAUGGGCUUCAUCCCCUCCGUGCAUUCGGUGACAUCCCACGCGGAUUCUCAUUCUACUACGGGCCAGAGCAUAUGAUCAUGCCGAGCCUGUGGCAGAAGAAUCUUUCUGACGCGCAGUCUGCUCCAUCCAGCAACGCCAAGCUGAACGCUUCCAUUACCUUUUCCUACGGAAGGAAGCCUGACAAUUACGUAUGCACACUUCCCUUGGCAAACACAAUCUUCCACAAUGGCCUCCAGUCGACGCUCAUCGCUAGCCGCUGGUAUCUCAACAAAAAGGGGGGCUUGGAUCUGAUCGAGCGCGAAGAGAGGCGGGCUCAGGAAGUCAACAUUUUCACCAAUAGAGAAAUCGAGACAAGCAACUUGAUUCAAGCAUCCCUGGUCCCGAUCACGGCUCCGCGAAAGAUCGUAUCGGGUCUGGGCAACAUCAUCAGGCAGGUUGAGGUAGAUGGCAAGGAGACGCCCGCUUCAGCGGAGCUCGAGACGGCUGUCCAGGCGCUUUUUGACAGGCGGACGGCAGAGGGCCACGAGUUCCCUCCGGGCCCUGUGGGUGUAUGGGGCCUCGUUUGCCCCCCUGGCGAUGACCAAGCGGGAAACAUCGAAUUCUUGAAUAAGUGGUCGGGGUGGGCGUCAAAGAUACAGAACGCUGGAGACGAGUGGAGACUGGCGUUGGAUAUGAAAGACUAUCUCAAAUGGCUCAUCAAGAGGGGUGUCAGAGUCUACAAGAUUCAGAGUGGUGGCGGCGGCUGGGGCAAGAAGGCAGGCCUCCUUUCGCUCGACCCCGAAGUCAAGUAUUCUGCUUCCUCCGAGGAAGAGGAUCUUGACAGCUUCAUCCGUUCCUUUGAGAACCGGAACGAGGGCGGCGGUGUCGACGCCGAACAAGGCGUCAUCGCUCCGGGCUCGUACAUUCAAUACUUUGUCGCACCGCCCUUCACCGCCGCCAAAGUGCAUGUGGCAGCGGAAAAGGAAUCUCAGUUUACCGACUGCUUUGGAAUGACAGACGACGCGCGAUUGGAGGCAUCGGCUCUGGUCCCCGUUUCGAAGGCGUGGCAAAGCAUCAGGCACCAGUUCGGUGCGGUGACAACCCACGGGCUCUUCAUCGAGUGCAGGUCGGAGCCUCCUGUCGUUCGAGAGACGAAGCUGGACGUGCCCGGAGCGUGGAUCGGACAUUUAGGAUUUUCAGGCCAAAAACGUUCCAACUUCAGGAAGCUUAGCCUUGAAACGGAAGGAGGCUUGGGGACUAAGUUGUAA